AUGAAUCGUGGAAAUAUAAUUUUCGUCGAGUCGCUUAAUAAAAGAGAUCUGCCACACACAUUCAUGACCGUGUAUCGUAUCACAUUAAUGCAGCAAGCGAGCGAUUCCUUUGAAACAAAUAGAAAAGAAAUUUUCUCGAAACAGCCCGCUGGCAAAUAUCAGGUCGCCGUUGUUUGCUUAUUCUUUUGCACUUGGAGUGGCGUAGAAAAGUUUGCGGUCAUUGCUUUUACAAAUCCACAAUGUAUUGGUAUGUCAGCCGACUUGAAGGUAUCAACUCCCACAUACCCUGAAUGGUGGUUCCUUUUCUCAAAGCAAUCUCAGGAUAACAUAAACGGUGGAGGUUUCAUUUACAUGGAUUCUUUGGAAGUAUAUCUUGAUAUCGACGAUACCGACAAAAAGAGUGCCGACAAACUCACAAUCAAAAAGUUUUGGGAGAGACACACACAAAGGGCAUACGAAAACAACGAGGAUGUCUACGAUGAAUGUGUCACGCCUCCUGGCAAGAAAGCAUCUGAAACCAACCAGGGUGGCUUGGUCAAACCUGGAUGUGUCGACCAACACCGCAUAGAGGCACAGGUUUGGUACCAUGACAUAUUGGGUCGUUCCGGUACGAAACGCACUGCUGAAGCUAGUGACAACGAUGAAAUUAAUCAUGAAGAGGAGGAAAUCGCUGCUGAUGGUUACAGACAUGCACAUGCAAAGUGUAAUUACAUCAUUAUUUAUAAACUUACUACCUAUUCUAUAUUCGAUAAUCUAGCUGAAUUUGCCGAACUAAUGACCAUUAUUGGGAGGGGAAAUCCAAAACUAACUAGAACAAACUAUAUCGAUGAUUAUGAUCCACCCGGAUCACUAUUACCAGAGGAUCACCAAUACAAUAUCAAAGAGAGAGUUGCUGAAGCAUUGGAGAAUCAAAUGCUACCAAAUGACGAAUGCAGGGAUUUUUAUGACGAGAUUCAUCUAAACACAGAUCAGGGUGCAACUCUAAGAGAACGUCUAUCUGAUUUUAUUCGUCAUCCAAAUAAUGACCCUAUUGGUAGUUGUGUUACUACUAUGACUCUAGCCACUGGAAUUACCAUUUAUGGUUUUGAUAUUAGAUUUAAACCAAUUGAACUUUCAACCCCAGGAUUGUCUAUGCUCAGAUCCGGUAUGCUUGACAGUCAUGUUUAUAAGGAAGAUGGUGAUAGGAGAACAGUUGUCGAACUUGGAAUGGAUCCAUUCACAUACAUUGCAAAGACCAAUCUUGAUAUUUACUAUGUCUCAACCUAUUCACAACCUGGCCGUGUUGAUAUUCCAUCUAUUUACAUGGCAGACCAACUUUGGGGAAUCUUUAACAUUAGGGGUUGGAAUUAUAAAGGUGUUGUAAAUCGACACAGACACGAGAAAUUAUCAUUCUCAAGAGACGGAGUAGUUUGUGUUGGUGAUGCAAAUAGAAAUUUGGUUCACACUUUGUAUGCUGGAAUUUAUUUAUGUUUCGAAAGUCAGGACCUGGCAGAUGCACUCUAUGCGAUGAUAAGCAUUGUUGAUGUAUCGAAUAGUUAUAUUUACGAUCAAUAUGGAUCCUUUUUACUUCCAGAUACCGAUGAUAUCGAAGAUAAUUUACCAAUCGAAUCCCCAGAGGCAACUAAUAGGAUAAAUUCUGCAGAAAGAGCAUUGCCAUCUCUGAUAUACCCACUUAGAAGUCGAUCUUUUACUCACCAAACUAUUGCUGAGACAACUACCACAACAACAACAACAACAACAACAACAACAACAACAACAACAACAACAAAUCAUAACACCCAAAAGAGACCAACCACUACUACCAUAGACGAACGAGCAUCAAAAGCUGGAAAAUUCAUAUACCAACAUCUAUACUCUGACAAUGAAGAUGAUGAGAACAGUGAAGAUGAUAGUGGUGUUUCUAACAAUGGAUAUGAUGACGAUGAAGAAUUUAAUAUCAUAAAUUAA